AUGUCGCUCUCUUGUGGCCUAUGGCCACGUCGCAAGUCCGACCGUUCUCACCCACACGACAAACGCGGCCGCAUGCGAACCAUGUCAAUUUUUGGCAAUACCCAUGGCCAAGCGACCGGCGCAUUGCACAAAAUGGUAAAAUUUACAGCAUUCGCCUCGCCAGGAGCACCUCCAUUGGAGGGCCAGUUCCCAGCCGACAGUCGCACUGACAAAAUCUUGUCCAAGCGCAAGUUUGAACAAUUCCUGCGCCAAACUCAGGGAGAGAGCACAAUCUUAUUGCAAGACAAGGGUUAUACAGUUGGCGACUUUCAAGCGACGUGGUAUUUGAGCUACUCAUGGGACGCUGUUGCGCCGUUACCCGAAAAGGAUGUUACAAGGCCAUUGACGGACUACUUCAUAAGUAGCAGCCACAAUACCUAUCUUGAAGGACAUCAGGUAUUGUCCAAGAGCUCGCCUCAGGCAUACAAAAAUGUUCUGCUCAAGGGAGGCCGCUGCAUAGAGAUUGAUGUCUGGAGCGGCGAAUCAGCAACACCAAGGUCAAGCUCCAAGUCUCCCGCCAUUCAUCAUGACCGGCAUGCAUCAGCUUCCUCCUUGACGCAUGCCUACGACGAGUUUCGCGAAAACACGAGAAAAUAUCUCGGAAGCGCCUCGCACUCGAGAAGCGUAAGCUGCAACAGCGCGACUUUAGUCGAAGAUUCCCCAAAAUCGAGCCUACACGCAUUUCCGUCUACCGCAGACAAAAAAGACCGGCUGCAUCUGCCACAAACCCCUGUCACGAGAGGCCGCAGCCUUAUAGCCAAGGGAGAACCGCUAGUUCGCCACGGGCCCAGGUUGACCUCCAGCUGUGGAUUUCGUGAGGUUGCCGAGGCUAUCAGAGACACUGCAUUCAAGGCCAGCGAUCUGCCCAUCAUCAUUAGUUUUGAGAUGCAUGCAGAUUUGGAACAACAAGAAGCCAUGGUCAAAAUUAUGGAGGAAGUGUGGCAGGACAUGCUCCUCGUCGUUCCCGAAGAAGGUUGUGACCCUCUGCUCCAUGUACCGCGCCUCGAGCAGCUGCGUGGGAAAAUCCUCGUCAAGGCCAAGAGAGCCCAUGAAACCCAUUCCCAGCCCGUAAUAUCCCUGUCUGCGCCUACCACACAGGCUGAGUACGGACAUGAUGACGAGCUGGCACACCACGUAGCGAAGCUAGGCAAGUCAAUGUCUACCUCUGCGACGCACGCUACGCCCCCUCACGACUCAAAUUCAAAAGUAGCGAUCCAUGAAAAGCUCAGAAAUCUCGCAAUCUACACCAGAGGCGUCAAGUUCGAGGGCCUCGACACCAAGCAAGCAACACAACCCAAUCACAUAUUCUCCAUUGGUGAAGACGAUAUUUUUCAUCUCGACGAGAAGCACCAUCGUGCCAUGUUUCUGCAUAACAAAAACUUCUUGAUGCGGAGCUAUCCAGAUGGCCUCAAGAGGUUCAACAGCUCGAAUUAUAAUCCCGCCUACUUCUGGCGCAAAGGCGUGCAGAUGGUUACCAUGAAUUGGCAAUAUCCCGACGACGGCAUGAUGCUUCACUAUGGCAUGUUUGCGGACGAAAAGGGCUGGGUUCUCAAGCCACCUGGAUAUCGAAGCUCCGACACAUCGAGCCAGACGCAGCACGAAGCAGCCACUGUGCACACCAUGGAUCUGAGCUUGACCAUCUUCAAGGCGCAGCACAUCCCCCCCAGGGGAGAUGGGGACGGCGCCGAACGCCACGGGGCUGCACUGCAGACUUUUACCAGGGCUGAGAUACGCACGGGAAGAUUCAUCGAUUUUAAAAAGGACAGCACGCUUACGGACGACACGCACGCCAAGAAGACCCAAGCUUACAAAUCGCAUCAUCCGUCAUUUGGCCGAAGGGGUGAGACGCUGACAUUUCGCGACAUUCCCAAUGUUGUGGAGGAGCUGAGCUUCUUGCUGAUCAAAAUUGACGAAGUAGGAGUCACUGGUGUGAUCAACUGGCCAACACUGGCCUGGGCAUGCAUACGACUGGAUCGUCUCCAGCCAGGCUAUCGAUUCAUUAAAUUAAUGGACAUGGGUGGGCGCCCAGUCUCCGAAGGCCUCGUACUGGCGGCCAUCUUGCAUUGGGCAGUUUACUGCGCUACGGAGGACAGAUUGAGUGCUCUUUAUCGUUAG